AGGUAAGCUGAACAGAUAACAUAGCUUAGGUAAAAUGGCGGCCACUAAAGAAGGAUGCAGUGUAGAAUAUACCCAUGUUGGAAAAUCAGGACUAAAGGUUUCCAACGUAUGUCUUGGAACCAUGACUUUUGGUAGAAAAGAAGAUCAUGCUAUGUACAGCUGUCCAACACAAGCAGAUGAGGAAAGGUCUCAUAAAUUGUUAGACCGCUAUGUGGAACUUGGUGGCAACUUUUUGGACACUGCUAAUGUGUAUUGUUUCGGCCAGUCAGAAAAAAUAAUCGGAACAUGGUUAAAAAAACAGAAAAGAGAUAACAUAGUUUUGGCUUCAAAGGUUCGGGCCCCGAUGGGAACGGAACCUAACAGUGUUGGUCUUAGCAGACGACACAUUAUCAAGAGCUGUGAGGACAGUUUAGAACGACUUCAGACAGAUUACAUUGACCUUUAUCAGACUCACCUUUGGGAUGAUGCUACGCCAAUUGAAGAGACUUUGGGAACUUUGGAUGACUUGGUAAAAUGUGGAAAAGUUCGUUAUAUUGGAGCAUCCAAUUUGGUCGGUUGGCAAAUGCAGAAAGUUGUAGAUGUAACGAAAUAUAUGGGUCUUACACCACUGAUAAGCCUACAGCAACAAUAUAAUCUCUUGACCCGACAUCCAGAAUUUGAAGAAUUCCAAGUUUGUAAAAAUGAAGGUUUAGGAGUUCUUCCAUGGAGUCCUCUAAAGGGUGGUGUUCUUACUGGUAAAUACAAACGAGGUGAGAAACUUGACCACAAUAGUGGACGUAUUGCUUUUGUGGCUAAAGAUGAAAGCAAGGCCAUGCAAGCUGCUCCGGCAUGGAGUCAGUAUGCGAACAAUGAAUCGUACUGGAGUCUUAUAAGUACAAUGGAAGAAAUAGGAAAGGCUCAUGGAAAGUCUGUGGCUCAGGUUGCCUUGAAAUGGACCCUUCAGAAAGAUGUUGUGGCAUCUGUAAUAAUUGGUGCCACAUCAAUCAAACAACUAGAAGACAAUAUGGCAGUUGGUAGCGGUUGGAGUUUAACAAAAGAAGAGAUGGAGAAAUUAGACCAGGUUUCUAUACCAGAUAUACCUUACCCAUAUGAAAUGUCAUGGAGAUCAAAUGCUGCUCGGGUCAAUAGAUACAAUCCCAGACCAUUUGUAGCAAAUAUAUAUUGACAUAUCAAACUUUUUAA